CUGGCGAGAGUGUAUCUCAAGCAAGGGGCUGAAAGUUUCAGACUAGCGACGCAACCAAAGCAACUUUGACAGCGGACUGACCAAGUUUUUCCAAGUGUUUUGAUUUUGUGAAACCUUCUGGAUUUACCUGUGGUGAACUGGGUGAAAGGCUAUGCGAUCCUCGGCAGUGUCCUGAGACUGUGUAGCCUCUGCUUUUACAAGUGGAACACAACCCGCUUCUGAAAUGGACUGAACGCAACAAUAUUUAAAUACAUAUUUUGGCUUUUUAUUAUAGCCAAAUACAUUUGACUUUAGUUGCUUUGCAUUUAAAUUUAACGUAGUUUGGCUUGUUUUGAACUUGUUCCUCAAGUGUACUUGGACUUUCGGGAAUUUACGACACUCAGUCAGAUUGAACUUUGCAUAAGAAAACAUGACGGCCGAUAAGGACAAGAAAAGAAGCAGUUCGGACCGUCGGAAGGAGAAGUCCCGUGACGCUGCGCGCUGCAGACGCAGCAAGGAGACGGAGGUGUUCUACGAGCUGGCUCACCAGCUGCCUCUCCCACACAGCGUGACCUCUCAUCUGGACAAGGCUUCCAUAAUGAGGCUGGCCAUCAGCUUCCUCCGCACACGCAAGCUCCUCGCUGCAGGCUGCAAUAGCAGGGAGACAAUGGAGGACAGACAAAUGGACAGCAUGUAUCUGAAAACCCUGGAGGGCUUUGUUACUGUUGUGACAUCGGACGGUGACAUCAUCUUCCUGUCAGAGAACAUCAACAAGUUCAUGGGCUUGACGCAGGUGGAGCUGACAGGACACAGCAUCUUUGACUUCACCCAUCCUUGCGACCAUGAGGAGAUCAGAGAGAACCUCAGUCUGAAGACUUCUGGCACCGGCUUUGGCAAGAAGGGCAAAGAGCUGAGUACAGAGAGAGAUUUCUUCAUGAGGAUGAAAUGCACGGUGACCAACCGUGGGAGAACAGUCAACCUCAAGUCAGCAAGCUGGAAGGUUCUGCACUGCACAGGCCACCUGAAGGUGUACAACAGCAGCCCGCCUCGGCUGGUGUGCGGCUUCAAGGAGGCCCCCCUAACCUGCCUGGUGAUGAUGUGUGAGCCCAUCCCCCACCCCUCCAACAUAGACACGCCCCUGGACAGCAACUUCCUCAGCCGACACAGCAUGGACAUGAAGUUCACCUACUGCGAUGACAGAGUCUCGGAGCUGAUUGGCUAUAGUCCGGAGAACCUGAUGGGCCGUUCUGUCUACGAGUUCUACUAUGCCCUGGACUCAGACAGUGUCACCAAGAGCCACCAGAACUUGUGUACCAAGGGCCAGGCGGUGAGUGGCCGGUAUCGUAUGCUUGCCAAACAUGGAGGGUAUGUGUGGGUGGAGACCCAAGGCACCGUCAUCUACAACAGCCGCAACUCACAGCCUCAGUGCAUUGUCUGCAUCAACUACGUCCUCAGUGACAUUGAGGAGAAGUCCACAGUGUUCUCCAUGGAGCAGACAGAGUCUCUGUUCAAGCCCCACCACAUGUCCGGCCAGCCAGCCGGGGCCAGGCUGGGGGCCCACCCCGGGGAGAGCCUCUUCAGCAAGCUCAAGGAGGAACCCGAAGACCUCAAUCUACUGGCGCCCACCCCCGGAGACGCCAUCAUCGCCCUUGACUUUGGUCGGCCCCAAUUUGAGGAGCCCAAGCUGCCCCUCAUCUACCCUAAGAUGUCCCCCAUGGCCCCCCCGGGCCCCCAGGCCCACAAGCCGGCCCCCCCAGCAGAGAUGACCAGCAGCAUGGCUGCCUCCUUCGCUGUGGCUCAGAAACCUCUGCCGGGAAGUGCCACCCCCAGCCUGAGUAGCUGCUCCACGCCCAGCAGCCCAGGGGACUACUACACCUCGGUGGAGGGUGAUCUGAAGGUGGAGCUGACGGAGAAGCUGUUUGCGCUGGACACCGAGGGCACCAAGAGCCCUGACAGCACAGAGGCGGACCUGAGUGAUCUGGAUCUGGAGACGUUGGCCCCCUACAUCCCUAUGGACGGAGAAGACUUCCAGCUGAACCCCAUCAUCCCGGAGGACGCCCCAGUCGAGGGCCAGGGCCUGGGCCACUCCUCCAGCCAGAACAGCUUCAGCAACAUUGCCAGCCUCUUCCAGCCCCUAGCCUCCCCCCAGCCAGGCCUUUACCCCCACCCAGCCACUGCCAAGUGGGGCUCCGGGGACAAGAGAGGCCCUGGUGCCUGCCCCAUUGACCCCAGACCCACUGUUGCAUACAUGGGCCCCUCUCAGAUACCCCCCUACCACGCCCCAGCCAGCACCCCCCUUUCCUCCAUGGGUGGCCGCCAGAACGUCCAGUGGCCUCCAGACCCCCCCAUAAACUUCCAGCGGAUGUCCAAGCAGGGCCUGGUGGAGCCCAUGGGCUUGGGUCACUUGUGUCAGGUGAACGGGAUGCCUCACCACAAACAGAGGUCCAUGGAGAACUUUGUCCAGGCUUACAGAGGUAUGAGCCCAGCCAGCCAGGCCAUGACCAACAACUUCAAACGCUCCUUCACACAGAUGGCUGUUAAUGACGCGACCCCCGGCAGGCCCUCAGAGAUGACCUGGAAGAGGAUGAGGAACGAGAGCUGUGCCGUUCUGGAUCGUUCUCUGAGCGCCAGCUCACUGGCAGAGCCAGGUAUGUACAGGCAGGAUGACCAGCAUCUUUGCCCCCUGCAGCAGCACAGAGGUUCCCAGUGUCCAGGAAGUUCUAAUGGUGUGCCCAAGAAAACCUUCACUGAACAGUGCUGCAACCAUUCACAAUACAACGGAAUGCCUUCUAACAAAACAGGAGGGGUUGCCAGUCGUCUGUUGGGCCCAUCGUUUGAGUCCUACCUGCCUGAGCUCACCCGCUACGACUGUGAGGUGAACGUGCCCCUGCAGGGCAACCUGCAUCUUCUGCAUGGGCGUGACCUGCUGAGGGCCUUGGACCAGGCCUCCUAAACCCUGGCACUGUCCUCCCCCCUGCCCACCUCAGACCCAGACCCUGCCCCAGACCCUGUCCCCAGAUCCUGCUCUGCCCCAAACCCUGGCCCCCAACCCUGGCCCCAUACCCUGCCCUGUACCCACCCUGCCAUGCCACCUACACCAUGGCUCGCCUUAGAUCUCCCUAGCCCUAGAAGUAGCCCAAGCCCUAGCCCCAUCCUAAACCUCAACAUCCAAUCCCAGUUCUCUUCUUUGCUAGCCAUGGCAACCAAAACUCCCUGUGUUUAACCUGUGUUAACCUACCAUAGUCUGUCCCUUCUUACCAAAACCAGACAGUUUCUACCCCUCCACCCCAUCCUACUGUAUAAUGUAUCAGUAGAUGACAGCGGCCUUGAUCUGAGUUGCUCAUCUUUAUCUCAAAAAAUAUAUACAAUACAUGUAUUAUUUUCAGUUAGUCUAAGUCUAUUUUUGUUACUAAAUGUGUCUGUGCUUUAUUGAAUAUUCCCAUAUUAUUUAAUCAGGGGAAUAUAAUAUUACCUGUAUCUACCUUUCACCAUCUCUGCCUGUCUCUCUCUCUCUCUCUCUCUCUCUCUCUCUCUCUCUCUCUCUCUCUCUCUCUCUCUCUCUCUCUCUCUCUCUCUCUCUCUCUCUCUCUCUCUCUCUCUCUCUCUCUCUCUCUGUCUGUCUGUCUGUCUGUCUGCUAACUGUCUGUCUGUCUCACCUGUAACUGCCUCCCGUUCUACAUACCUACCUGCCGGUCUCCCUGCCUGCUUGCUUUUUUGCUUGUCUGUCUGUCUGUCACCUAUCUGUUUUGCAUUCUCCUUCUCUCUCUCUUCCUCCCUCUUUCUCUUUGUAAGUAUAUUUGUUACUUUGUCACAAGACAGAAACUACAGUAACAUACAUUUUGCUUAAAAUAGAAAUCCUUUUAGUUCAAGGUUUGUUUUGUAAAUUUUAUUUUUGGGGUUUCUCAUUUUGUUUUCAUUUCUGAUUUAUUGAUACCUGUUUCAAAUUCUCCCAAUAAAAGUAGUUAAUUUCAUUUGAAAAGGUUUUUAGGUAAUGUUUUUCACUGGCUUGGUGAAGUUUUUUGGGGGUUGUUUUUUGUUGGUUUAAUCACCUUGUCAGGACAUUGAUGUAAGUCAGACUCCAUGUGUCUUCUCAUUAGAUUGUUAGUCAUGCACCUUCAGGGAGGUUUUUGUUUAAGAGAGAGAAACUCAAUAUAAAAAUUCAGAUACAUUAUUAGUUAUUAUAUUUGUUAUAAUACUUUACAGUUUUAUCUCUCUCUCUCUUUCUCUCCAUUUGCUCAGUCUCUCUCACUUUGUUUUUCAGUUAUUGUCUUUGUGUGGUGACCACUUUUGAAGUUUGAUUUUAGAAAUGUACACACAUGUAUUUAAAGGCAGAGGCUCUACAGUUUCAACAAUGUAAUGUUGAAGAUAGUGUUUGACUGUUUGUGUGCCUUGGUACUUUGUUGUAUGGACCCAGUAGAUGCAGACCAGAUUCCUUCGUGUUUUAGAUCUAUUCCAUAGUGCUGGUUUCUCUUUAGGUUUAGUGUGUCAUUUAUUUUAAUUUUUUUCAGAGUUUAUUCAAAGGUAUAUCAAAUUAUAUGGCAGGCCAGUAGUGUUCUGUUCUCACUUUAAAGAAGAUAAAGAAAACGAUAAAAAGAUAGAUUAAAGACAUUAAGAGUUUCACUUUCGACAUGUAGCAUUUUCAACAUAGAAAACGAGUGAAAUUACCACAUUUAGUCACUUUUAUUCGUAUCUAAUUCAUCGCUGCAUAAUAGAUAUAACCGUCUUGCAUGUGUAGAGGCAAACUGUGUAUGUUUUUUGAUCCUCUUUUAUUAACACUGUAUUUUGGAUAUUGUUCGUUUUCAUGCUGAAAUAAUCUUUCAAGUUGGUCUAUAGCCAUAUUAUGUGCCUUACAGUUUUAUACAAUUUCAACCCUGUGUAAUGCCCUUCAAGAUCGUGUCGUGUUCCAUAGAAUAUCCUCAUCUGAACACACACACCACUUGCCUUUACCGACUGUGUUGCCCUAGUUAUUUGAUAGCCCUAAAUGCAAACAAACCCCUAGACCAGAUUCAGUAGUCUCCAUUAAAGUUUUGGAGUAUAGCUACACUGCAUUAGAAAAACACAGAUUGAGGAGUUCUAGAAGGUUUCGAGAGUAAAGGUUAAAGGUCAAAGCACAACAGUGUGUUGAUGUUGUAGAGUGUCAUGGAAUAUUAGGAUGUGUUAUGAUCUUUGUAUACAGAUACUAAAGGGGAGUUACCAUUGAGGUUGUUUCACUGAAAUGAAUUAAAACCAACUAUUGAAUACUCAGGCACAUCUAAUGUUAGCUUGGUAGCAUGUUAUGUCAGAAAAAAUAGCAGAAUCUCAAAGGAUCACAGGGUUGAUCUGUGUUUUAUACAAUGCCACUGUAUGUUUGACAGCUGCCCUAACAUGCAGGAAUAGGAUCAGAUCAAUGAAGCAGAGCAGAGAGAGAGAGGGAUGUAAAGGUAUAGAUGGAGACUGAUCUGGGAGAUAAAAGUGCGAGAGCAUUGCUGACCUGUUAGUGGCUGAUAGACUGGAAAAGAGAUUUUGCUCAGCCUGCCCACUGAUGCACAACUCUCCCCAGCCUCUCCCCAGCCUCUCCCCAGCCUCUCCACUCCACAGACGGCUGAGCUUAGCUCAUAUCUCUUCCUCUCUUUCUCUUGGUCUCUUUCUCUCUCCCUCUCUUUUUUCAUUUGUCUUUCUCUUCCUCUUUUUAUCAAAUGCAUAGCUCUCUCUCUUUCCCUGUCUCUUUAUCUCCCCAUUCUCUCUCUCUCACUCUCUCUCUCUGAAACAUGCCUGUUACGUCAACUUUAGUAACGGCCUUGGCCAUGGCUGUCAACAUCUGUCCAUUUAUACAGAGACAAAACACAACAUCCAACUUUAAUGGAGAUGUCUGCAGGUCCUCCAAAGACAUUAGGAAAAAUGCUUCUUGUUUUCUUUGAGCCAAAGUGAAUGGAAUGUGGGGCAUUUUGUUAAACUGCCCACAGCCCAGAUAACCUAAACACAAGGAUAAUAUGAGAGGAUGUAUCAUUUUAUGUAUGUAUUUAUUUAUUUAAUUGGUAGAACAAUAGGGUCUGAAACUUUGCAAAUAACUGGGAAAAUUAGUUUCAGAAUCAUUUGAUUUCUCACAGUAAUCUGGUGGGUUUUACAGACCAACUUAGUUAAGCCGCAUUAAUAAAAAAAAACAUCCUAGUUUAGAGCCACUCACACAGCCUAACCCCCAUGACUGAUGGCCGUCCCAAUAUUUGCCUUCUUUAUAUAAAAGUUGGGUUUAAAUAUUACAUUAUUACUUGAAUUAUAAACUAUACGAACCAAAGUCAGAUAGGUGGCCAGCUCACUGCCUUAUGAGCCACACUGCAGGGCUUUGAUCUCAGAAGGUCACAGAGAUGAGAUUUCUAUUCAGUUGUUCUUCUGUAUGUGAAUUGAGUAGGCUGCGUGGAUGUCGAGACGUAAAGCAAAAUCAGAUGGAAGCUUUGUUCCAGUACUGGCGUGGAUGAUGUCACACUUGAAGGGUUCAAACAAGCAAACAAACAUCAAAUCACUAAAUGGUCUCAUUCUGUUUACAUUUAGUCAUUUAGCAGACGCUCUUAUCCAGAGCAACUUACAGUAAGUACAGGGACAUUCUCCCCAAGGCAAGUAGGGUGAAGUGCCUUGCCCAAGGACACAACGUCAUUUUGCACAGCCGAGAAUCGAACCAGCAACCUUCGGAUUACUAGCCCAAUUCCCUAACCGUUCAACCACCUGACUCCCUGUUUCCUCUUUAAAGAUAAUUUCAGCAUGAAAGGCUAGUAAAUAAUGAGUUUUUUCUUGGGAUUAUGUUCUCCUUGGAUGUAUUUGAGUUAUAUUAGCUGGCCCUAUGAUUUUAUCAUCUGCUAAAUUCAUAUUGACAUUAUUAUAUUGUUAUUAUUAUUAUUACUGUAUGGGGAAUUUAACCGGUAAGAAGUUUUAUUUCUGCACUGAUAUCUUAUUAAAGCAUCCUGAUCUUUA